CAGACCACGAACGGAUACGGGACCAGAACCAGAACCCCGCACUUUGUUCCUGAUCCGGUCUGUGGUGGAUUUGUGGCCGGGUUCUGGUCGGGUUCUGGUCGGGUUCUGAUCAGCUGAGGAUGUCCCGGCUGCUGGAGAGCAGGAGGACCGACAGGAUGAAGGAAAUCAACCUGAAGAAUAAGGAGAAGGAGCGUCUAAAGGAACGUGAGAAAGAGGCACGAGAACGGGAGGCCCGCUCCAGCAAUGGACACCUGUUUACCUCCCUGAGUGUGUCGGCCACAACGCUGUGCUCAUCCUGCAACAGAAGCAUCACGGCCAAGGAGGCACUCAGCUGUCCAGGAUGUAAUGUCACCAUCCACAACCGCUGCAGAGACAGUCUGGCUAGCUGUGCCAAGAUGAAGCAGAGGCAACAGAAACUGGCACUGGUGAGAAACAGUUCAGCUCUACAGAAUGUCGCCUUGCGUACCAAGACUCCGAUGAUGAAGGAGCGUCCGAGCUCAGCCAUCUACCCUUCAGACUCUCUGCGUCAGUCUCUGCUCGGGUCCAGACGGGUUCGGUCCGGCCUCUCGCUCGCUAAAAGUGUUUCUACCAACAACAUCGCUGGGGGUAUUGAGGACUCUGGAGGUCUCAGGAGGAUGCUGUCCCAGUCCACAGAGUCUCUGAACUUCAGAAACAGAACUUUGUCCAUGGAGUCCCUCACAGAUGAUGGUGACUGGUGGUGGAGCCCCCUGCUGGAGGAGCUGCAAACAGAGGGCAGCUGUGUCCACUCGGACAGCUGGAGCCUGGCUGUGGACGGCAACUUCCUGCAGAGCCUCCACAAAGAUGUCAUCAAGCAGCAGGACGUCAUCUACGAGUUGAUCCAGACUGAGUUUCAUCACGUCCGGACUCUGCGGAUCAUGGAGGGUGUGUACCGGCGAGGGAUGCUGGAGGAGGUCAUGCUGGAGGCGGGUGUAGUUCACACCAUCUUCCCCUGCCUGGAACAACUGGUGGAGCUCCACUCCAACUUCCUGUCAGAGCUGCUGAACAGGAGGAAGGAUGGGUUGGUGGAGGGGAGCCCCACCAAUUUUACUAUUGGCAAGAUUGGAGACCUGCUGCUCCGACAGUUUUCAGGCCAGACUGCAGAAGACAUGAAGAAGCUUUAUUCCGAGUUCUGCAGUCGACACCCAAAAGCUGUGAAACUCUACAAAGAUGUUUUAACUCGAGAUCGAAGACUGCAGCAGUUCAUCAAGCGUGUCUGCCGAGGUCCUCUUUUACGUCGCCAUGGCAUCCAGGAAUGCAUCCUGUUGGUGACCCAGCGGAUUACCAAGUAUCCUGUCCUAAUCCAGCGGAUCCUUGACAACACCAAAGGUUGUGAAGAAGAGAUCCAGGUUCUGAAGAAGGCCUUAGUUCUCCUCAAAGAGCUGAUCAGCUCAGUGGACCAGGAGGUUCUGGAGUUGGACCGAACCAGGAGGCUGCAAGAGAUCCAGGCCCGUUUGGACCCUCGGGCUCAAGCGGAGGUCCAGGGAGGAGGAAUAUUCAAAGGAGGAGAACUGCUGAGGAGGAAACUUCUCCAUGAAGGAAGCUUCCUCUGGAAGGUCCAGGGCUCCAGGAUGAAAG